CUUCCUCUUACAUUGUAUCAAUCUAAGAAUCAAUCAAUAAUCAAGAAUUUGAAUAAGAGUAAAAUCAAAGAAAACUUUCGUCUUAAAUUUAAUUCAUCAUUUGUUAAAAAACAUAAGUCACACCAAACCCAACAACCUUCCCUUUCCAUCCAUUUCCCAAACCACCGUCGUCACCGGCGACGCCACCAUGACCGAGAAAGCGAAGCAGCAACGCGGCGGCGGCGGUGGCUUCGCGUUCUCGUUUCCGGUAACCGUCGUCAUUUCAUCAAUCGCUUACAUUUACAUCUCCACCGUCUUCGUCUUCAUUGAUAGAUGGUUUGGUCUUUUCUCUUCUCCUGGGAUCAUAAACGCCGUCGUUUUCACCGUCAUCGCUUUCAUGUGUGUUUUUUGUUACCGUUUAGCUAUUUUCACCGAUCCGGGUCGGGUUCCUUCUACAUAUACACCUGAUGUUGAAGAUAAUACAAUACCUAUUCAUGAAAUCAAACGCAAGGGUGGAGAUUUGAGGUAUUGCCAAAAGUGCUCUCACUAUAAGCCUCCCCGUGCACAUCAUUGUCGGGGUUGUAAAAGAUGCGUUCUACGAAUGGAUCACCAUUGCAUUUGGAUAAAUAACUGUGUCGGUCACGCAAACUACAAGUUCUUCUUCAUUUUUGUCACAUAUGCUGUGAAUGCCUGCAUAUACUCCAUGGUUUUGCUUGUUGGUAGUCUAGCUUAUGAUGGUAUACAUGAUGAAGACAAAAAUGGCGGCUCUUUCAGAACUGUAUACGUUGUUUCUGGGCUCUUACUGGUCCCUUUAACUAUAUCAUUAUGUGUUCUUUUAGGAUGGCAUAUCUAUCUCAUUCUGCAUAACAAUACUACAAUAGAGUAUUAUGAAGGAGUGAGAGCUUUGUGGCUUCAAGAGAAGGGUGGAAGUAUCUAUAAACAUCCAUAUGACCUUGGCCCGUAUGAGAAUUUGACAUCUGUUUUGGGACCAAAUAUCCUUAGUUGGCUGUGGCCAACAGCAAGCCAUAUAGGUUCUGGACUUAGGUUCCGAACCGUCUAUGAUCUCACUAAAGGUGCAUCAACAUCUAAGUGAAUUUUCACAGUGGUCUUUGGUAAUAUAUUCGUAUUAACAUUUGUUGAGAACAAUAAUUGAGUACUGACAAUGCUAAAUGACUGGCCAAAUUCAAUACCUUUUUAACGUAAAUCACAAACAAUUGCUGAAGUGUAGGUGUUCAAGAGCUGUUUGAUGCAUAUACCUGAGGCAAUUACGUAAUGUAUAACAUACAAGUUUUUUUCUUUCUCCUUUUUUUACCCAUUUGUUAGACAUAGAUUAGGUUUCUUUUCAUCCUUUCCCCAUCCUCCAGUCUUGUUAGGUUUUGGAUGAUGUGGGGUUACAGCUGUAGAGUUCUGUUUAUAAAACCUAAUGUACAAAAAGAAAAACAGCUCAUCAAGGUGCUGUAAGGGAUUGCUUAACCAUUGUGAAAAGUUGUAUCUUAGAACUGUAAUUUAUGUAUCUUGUAAUUGGAUGAAAUGUGCUGUCAAGGGAUUGCUUAACCAUUGUGAAAAGUUGUAUUUUAGAAUUGUAUUUUAUGUAUCUUGUAAUUGGAUGAAAUAAUAACGUAGUUAUAUUACAAUUUCUGUUCUUGA